UAAACAAAUAUCUGAUUGUCAGCAGGAGAAAGUGAACCAGCUGCAGGAUGCUGCCGUCCUCCUCGCUGCUCAGCUGCUGUUCACCGGGGGGAAUCUGAUCGACCAAACAUGAUGAAGACUGAACCGUCGGGGGGGAACGGGCCCUCCAGCGGCGGGACCUCCAGCAUGAGGAGCCCCUCGCCGCACAGGAACGCCUACGAGGCGGGGCUGGCGGCGCUGAAGAAGGCCACGGAUCACCUGAACAAUGCCGCUAACGGAGCGACGGGCUCCAAACCGACUCCGCUGCCCCGGCCCACCGGCAGGGGCAGGAGCUACGGGUCCAACGUCCACCGCAUCAAGAACAUGUUCAUGCAGAUGCAGUCGCCUGGAGACGAGGAGGAGGGCGACAAAAUGAUUGAUCAGACGGUGAAGCUGUCCUUACCGAGGGCCUCCAGCCUGAACGAGAACGUGGACCACAGCGCUCUGCUCAAACUGGGAGCUGUGGUUUCAGAGAGGGUCAACCGCUUCGACUCUAAACCCGGCGCAGAGGCGGGGGGGUUCUCCAAACUCCAGGAGACCAGGAGGAUCUUCGAGCAGCGGACUCUACAGGAGAAGCAAGCUGCCACAAACCGGAUCUUGCUGAAGAAGGAGCGAGCAUCGGGCUUUCAGGACAGCCGUCUGGAUGUCGUGGCUCGAUUUAACGGAUCCACGGAGGCUUUGGACCGGCUGGACGACCCCCCAGCUCCACUUCCUGCUCCACCUCCUAUUCCAGCUCCUAUUCCUGAUUCUAUCCCUGCUCCUGACGUUCUUCCCGUUGCUUCAGCUUCAGUCGGGGAUGCCGUCAGUCCGACCGUUAGUCAGCUCAGCGCCAAGUUCGAGAAGACAGAGAAGACAGAGAAGACCGAGAAGACCGAGAAGACCGACCCCCCGCAGAACAAUGUCGCCCAACGUCGGCCGGGUCCUGUUUUACCGCCAAAACCCAAACCACCUCCAGCGAGAGGGGAGGCGACCGGGAGGAAGACGAAGGUGCCACCUCCCAGUAAGGAGAACCAGAAGGAGGCGACAGAAGGAGAAAUGAGCACCAAGGCAGCAAAACUACCAGAAUUGGCGGCAGACUGUCUACAAAACAGCUCAACUGAAUUGAUAUCCGGCGAAGACAAGGAAGGGUUUGGACAGUCAGGAGAAAAAAAGUCUACUUGCUCUUCAUCCUCCUCUUCCUCCCCCUCCUCCUCCUCGUCUUCUUCAGAGGUCAAAGGGGAGUUGGAAGUCCAGCCGAUAGCGACUGAAGCUCGGGGUUCGAGUACAAUGACUCCUCCGGGUCAGGAUCCAAAAACUGACGAGCAGGACGGAUCCAGGCUGGUUCAGGCCGACGUUCAUGCCUCUUUGGAAAAUGGAGAAAAAGAUCCUCCUGGUUCCUCUUCCUCUUCCCCGGAGGAACGAGGAAAGGACUCUGACAGAAGAGGAGAGGAAGAGGAAGAGGAUGAGGAUGGUUCGAGGAAGGAGGAUUACUCCGAGGGCGAUUUGGUGGAUAUCAGUGCGUACAGUGGGAUCGGAGAGGAGGACUCUGGGGGAAGUCAGCUGGACGAUGAGGAGGAUGAGGAAGAUGAGGAGGAAGAGGAGGAAGAGGAGGAUUAUCAGAAGGAGAGCAGCUGCUCAGAGAUCCAGGGACUUCCUGAGGAGGAGGAGCCUCCGCCGGCCAAUCGGAAGAUCGGGUUCAGCGUUGGGCCAAUCAAGGUGUUCACCACGUACUCUAACGAGGACUACGACCGGCGUAACGAUGACGUCGACCCGAUGGCGGCGUCGGCGGAGUACGAGCUGGAGAAACGAGUCGAGAAGCUGGACCUGUUUCCUGUGGAGCUGGAGAAAGACGGUGAUGGUCUGGGUAUCAGCAUAAUAGGGAUGGGAGCAGGAGCUGAUAUGGGUCUGGAGAAACUGGGGAUCUUUGUGAAGACGGUGACGGACGGAGGAGCUGCUCAGAGAGACGGCAGGAUCAUGGUGAAUGAUCUCAUCGUGGAGGUCGAUGGGACCAGUCUGGUUGGCGUCACCCAGUGUCUCGCUGCCUCCGUCCUCCGAAACACCACCGGCACCGUCAAGUUUGUGAUUGGCCGGGAGAAGCCAGGCGAGCAGAGUGAGGUCGCUCAGCUGAUCCAACAAACUCUGGAGCAGGAGAAGUGGCAGAGAGAGAUGAUGGAGCAGAGAUACAAGCAGUACAUGGACGAUGACGAGGAGACCGGAGAGUACGCCACAGACGAGGAGGAGGAGAUGAGUCCGGUGUUUCCAAACUCCAUCGAGGUGUUCGACCUGGCGGAGAACCAGGAGCUGUCUCCUGUGGAGCUCGACCCCGAGAAACUGGCCCACAAAUUCAAAGAGCUCCAGAUCAAACACGCAGUGACCCAGGCGGAGAUCCAGCUGCUGAAGAGGAAGCUGGCUCAUGCGGAGCAGGAUAAGCUUCGAUGGCGGAUGGAGCGAGCUCAGCUGGAGCAGAACAUCCGGGACAGCAAGGAGAGGAUGGAGAAGCUGGAGGGUUACUGGAUGGAGGCGCAGUCGCUCUGUAAGGCGGUGGACGAACACCUGAAGGAAACUCAGUCUCAGUACCAAACUCUGGAGAGGAAAUACAGCAAGGCCAAGAGACUGAUCAAAGAGUACCAGCUGAAAGAGAUCGAGUUCCUGAAGAAGGAGACGGCUCAGCGUCGAGCCGAAGAGGAGAGCGAGGCGACGCACAAAGAGGAGGCCGACACCCUGCACGAGAAGAUUACCGACUUGGAGACCAAAGUGGACGCCCUGAAGACCCCGAACGCCUCGUAGACCUUCAUCUGCGAAGAGGGGGAGGAGGAGGAAGAGCGCUGCCUUCAUCACCCGGUCUGAACUUCACUGAAAUCAAAUAUCUGCUGCACGGACAGGAAGUGGGGGGGGGGGAGAAUAACAGGAAUGACAUUCAAAAAGGAAAAGAAGCAACUUCUCAUCUCCUGUCCGUCAACUACAAAUCCCAGAAUGCUCCUCUGAAUGACCCACAAUCCUCCUUGUCUGUCUUCCUGGCUUGGCAAUCAAAGCAACACACACUCGACACUCUGUGCUUUAUUUAUAUCGGCUUCUCCUACUGGGUUUCAUUUAUUUUAAGAAAAGGCGCUUUUACUGAACCGGCUCGUCACAAAGUGCUUUAUAGAGGGCAGACGAAAACAGGACAAAAAAAUGACUUUUGAUUGUCGUUAUACUUUUGAACGCUGAACCAUUCCUUGUUUUUUUUUGGGGGGGAUUGGACUGGAUUCUUUCGAGGAGGAAAAAUAAAACCACAUGGAGUGACGGCCAUGUUUUAAAGACACACUCUGGAGUGAAAACAUGGUCGUAAAACACACAGAAAAGGAAAAAGCCACCACCUGCUGAUCGUCGAGUAAUAAGAACUACAAACAAGAUGGCCGCCACAUUUAAGAUUAGUGACAAAAAUGGAAAAACGCCCACCCAUUUUCCAGCCUGCGGGCGAUUGGAGGAAAAUACUGUCUGUAAAUAUUCAAUGCGUGUAUUUAAAAGUGUUUAAAUAUCUGAUAUCGGAGGGUUAGCCUGUGCAAUUAGCAGAAAGACUACGAAAUAAUGAUCAUCUCUUUUCUACCGACAUCAAAGGCUAACAGGGUGUGUGUAGUCUCAUGCUGAUAGAGCUUCUAACGGCGUGUAUCUUUGGGUGUGUACUAACCGCUGUGUGUGUGGGUUCACAUGCACAUCAGGAAAACGUUUCCAAACAAACCAGAAUCAGGAAAACAUUUUAGGGAUAGAUGAACAGUGGUGGAAACGGUUAUGUAGGUAAAGUAAGUUUAAUCAUUUACAUUUAUUUAAUGUAUUAAUUUCAACAUUUUAAAUAAAAAAUAAAAAAUAAAAAAAAUAACUAAAGUUAUAAAAUAUAUUGGAAAAUUACAAAAAUGUUAAUUGAUGCCACAUAAUUAUUCCUUAAUCUGUUAAAAUACAAAAGUGAAAUAAAAAAACAAAAUGAACUCUCUAAAUCUGUCAAAAAAGUAUAUACUUAUAGAAACUGGCUUAUUUAAUUUUUACAAAACAUCUUAUUUUAGGUAGAAGUAUAAAUUGGCAAAGUACCUUAAAUGUGCCCUUAAGUUAAUGUACAUACUUUCCACCACUGUUAUUAGUAGUAUGAGGAUCUUUUUUUACUUGCAUAGGUAUUUGAGUCCAAGCUACAUUACAUCUGAGAAUAUUUUAAGGAUUUGUUCAUCAGUGUCAGAUGCUCAAACAUUUCUUGGAGGUAAAACUGCUCCUCUGCAUCUCGUAAUGGCAUCAUCAGUUAGUAUAGAGCCAAACAGGUGAAAAAUCCAGUCAUGCUGCAUUUUUUAGGCAGAUAUUGUACAGUUUUAAAAAUCUAUUAAACAUAAUUUAAAAAAAAGUAUUUACAUCACGGACGCUUAAACCGAGUUACUUUAGUAUAUUGAUUGAGAUAUGGAUUGGAUAAUUUACAGUGGAAAAAACAAUUGCUGAAAAAAACUACUACUUAUAGCUUCAUAGCUAAAUAAGCUAGUUAGCAUUUCUGAUUUUAUUUAAACAAACCAAACGCACUUCCUUAAAGCAUAACAUACAAAAGUCAAUACUCAAAGAUAAAGUAAAUUGUUCCCAUUUUGAUAUAUAUAUUUUUCCAGUUUCAAUCAGUAGUUGUCUUUGCUCAUCGGCUAAAGUAGCUUUGUUUUGCUAACGUAGCUCUGUUGUGCUAACGCAGCUCUGUCAUGCUAACGUCCUUUUUUAUGCUAACGUAGCUCUGUCAUGCUAACGUAGCGCUCUCUGUCAUGCUAACAUCCUUUGUCAUGCUAACGCAGCUCUGUCAUGCCAUUGCCAUGCUAACGUCCUUUGUUAUGCUAAUGUGGCUGUUUUUAUGCUAACGUACAGGAGAGUUUUUCCUCUGAGAAAUGUAAAUGAGCUUCAAUAUUAAUCAGGAAACAGUGUGCAUGUAAACUCACUUCACAUUAUUAACAUUAUUAGGAGAGGAGUAGAAAAUCCCAGUGCCAGUAUUAUGACUUUAGAAGAUUAACCUGAGGUUCAAUACAAACGGUCGAUCAAGGUCAGAUUUUAAUUUCACAUUUUUCCUGGAAACAAUGGAGGUUCAGGUAUAGACGCAUAACAUUAGUUUUUUUUACAACAAAGUUCCUUUGUCAGAUUAAAUUGUGGGGGGAAAAAACCCAGAAAUGUUAAAAAAUACUUGCUCUAACGGUCAGAUUUUGAAGAUUCAUUCCACCAGAGAUGCGUUAUUUUAGCCUCUUAAUUUAAAAUUGGCUGAUGCGUUAUCGUCUCAAUGCUCCCGUGGAAAUAUAUGUUUUCAUGCAGUACAAUCUCUGUUUGUAAAAUAUCCUUAUAAAUGUAAGUAUUCUGAUUUGACUAUCAUCCAGGAGUUGUUUAAAAGGUUCAAAUGAGCAUGAGGAUGGGAAAAUGGUGCUGAGUUAAUUAGGGUUCACACACAAGUAUUGAACAAACAAUGUGUAUUCAAAUGUUGUUGUUCACCAUUAUUAUGAGUUUGUGUCGAGAUAAUACAGCUUGCUGGCGAGCUCUGAUUUGGUUGCAUCAAUGGAACAUUCUGGAUAAGGAAACAGUCGGGUGGUGCAGGGAAAUCGUAUUCAAUGUGAUUUCGUAUUAUUUUAGAAAAUGAUCUCUGUGGAAAAUAAACGUUUAUGAUACUUGCACAUCACCACCGCUAAGCUAAAGGAGGCUAAUGUUGGGUGUGAUGACGUUUAGUCGCCUCAUUCAGACACUUGUUAGCAAGCUGUGUUUUUAAAUCCACCAUUGGGGUAUUUCCUAACAAAACGUCAAAGUCUCUUCAACUUGUGUUAACCACAGACCUUAUUUUAGGGUAACAACCAAAACACCUUCAGUAAACCAUUGACUUCCAGACCAGGGCACAGGAAGUGCUAAAAUGCUGACUCAUUCCUGCACCACUCAGUUUGAUUAGGCUGUGUAAAUCAUGUCUUUUCUUUUAGCACCAUCCUCUGGUCAACAUUUUGUCUAAUUAUGUUUGGUUUACCAGCAAACUCUUCCCAUGAGCCUCAGCUACACUUUGUAAUUAAUGCUAAUUAGCACAUGUUGUCAACUAACAAGGUAAACAUCAGCAUGUCACUGUGAGCAUGUUAGCAUUAGCAUCGAACUAAAGCACCGCCUUCAUAGAGGCUGUAGACCUUUUCUAAUAUUAAAACAUAUUUAGUUUGUCAUCUUACAAACACUGAAACACUUUGACAGACAUGUCACUUCAACACACUCUGUGGCUUAGUGUUGUGUGUUAUGCCUUUAAAAUAAGGCAUCUGUCCCACUGUGUAUUAGAUCCAAAGCGGCUAAUGUGAUCAAAGUAUGGGAAUUAUAACAGGAAAAUGAGAAUUCGACUGACUCAUGUAUUUUUUCCUGGAUUUAUGGUGAAAUAUGUCAUAAAACUAUGAACAGGUUGAGUGAUUUAUGAUGUUUGAGUGAGGCAAAUCCACAGUAUUUCAUGAUUUGUAAGUAUUUGUUUACUACAUGCAGUAUAUUUACAUUAAGCUCCUUUAUCGGACAGGGUCAAAUAAACAGCAUUUGUGUAGAGGAAUGAAAAUCAGCCAUAACUUGGUAUUUUUAUUACAGUUUCAUCUCUUUGUCGGACCAAAUGUGAGCUGUACAGUUGUUUUAUCUCCACAUUAAGUCACUUUGGUUGUAGAUCUGAACAGGAAGUGACCUCGCUGCCUUGUUAUGACUUCUUCUUUAGUUUAACUUUUAAAUGCUGCUUCUGCCUUCACAAAGCCUUCUGGUGUUUGCUCGCUGAUUAUUACCCAUCAUGUCUCCUCAUUAAAAGCCCCGAGAGGCAAGAAAUACA